AUGCAUAUCCAGAAAUAGGAAUAGUUACUUCUAGAAUUUUUGGUAUUUGUGUUAAUGCUGCAUCAGUUGAAAGAUUAUGGAAAACUGAAAUAAAAGAUAAUGAUUUAGAAACUGAAACACAAGAUAAUGAUUUAGAAACUGAAAUACAGGAAGUUAAUUCAGAAACUGAAAUACAAAAUAUAGAUCAUGAUUCUGAAAUUAAAUUAAUAAUUGAAGAAAAUGAAGAAAUGGGAAUACUUGAAACAGAAAGAGAAAAUUCAGAAUUUUUGAAAAAUGAGAUUGAAAAUAUUGAUCAUCCAGUAAUAAAUAUUCAAGCUAAAUGGAAUUUAGAUAUUAUAUUCAAAGAUAAUUUACCUUGUCCUUUUGAUUAA